AUGACCAUCGACACCCUCCGUCGAUUCUUUUUCCCAUGUUUCACCUCAUCCACCCCUUCCACCACCACCAAACAUCCCACCACAACCUCAACCAAGAAAAACCGCACAAGCACAAGCACAAACACCUCCCUCCAGGACAACCACCACACAAUCUCUCCUACCUCUUCCUCCACCGCAAGAACAAUCUCCACCACCGCCCCACCCCGCCCCUCCAAAUCCAUGGUAAUCGGAACCAUCUUCGGCAACCGCCGCGGCCACGUUUGGUUCUGCAUUCAACACGACCGCCUAACCCUAAAACCCUCUCUCCUCCUCGAACUCCCUCUCUCCACCAACAACCUCGUCCGUGAAAUGCGCAACGGCCUCGUCCGUAUCGCUCUCGAAUGCUGCACUUCCACCGACGACCCCGCCUUCUCCAACUGCCCCCUCCGCUCCGUCCCUCUCUGGACCGCCUACUGCAACGGCCGUAAAACCGGUUUCUCCGCACGCCGACGUGCCGGAGAUUGGGUCCGUAACAUUCUUUCAACCAUGCAGUGUGUCACCGUCGGUGCAGGCGUUAUACCUUCCGGAUUCGGGUCGGGUUCCGAGGAGCUUAUGUAUAUGCGUGCUAAUUUCGAACACGUUGUGGGAAACGUUGAUUCCGAGUCGUUUCAUCUUGUAAACCCGGACGAGUGUACCGGUCAGGAACUCAGUGUGUUCUUGCUCCGAUCCAGGCUCGGGGUGAAUCGUUGA